UUGUUGCUCGUAACUCGGUUGGUUGAAGUCUCAACUUGAAACACUACUUGUGUACUGUGCUCUGUUAUUGGCGAAGGAAACACGAACCCUGAAAAGUGCAAAUCAUAUGUUUGAGCAGUAUCGCGUUUGAUUUCUAUGUGGAAAGUUUCAAAUAGAAGAAAAUAAAAGUGAUAGCAAUUAAUUACGGUGUGUUUAAAAGGUGGAGUGAAGAAAGGACAUUACAGUUGCUGAGCUAGAAGAAUAAAAAAACUAUAGCAUUCGCAAUUUAUAAGCUGUGCAAACCAGUGGAACUGUUGAAUAAAUAAAAACCAAAUCAUUACGAAACUUGCACGGAUCGACGGUGCAUCGAGUGGAACAUUUGUGAAGAUUUACACCAGAUAAGACACGGUGCUUGACGAAGUAAAUUAGCUGGAAAAGUAGUACAUAGUCUAUCAACAGGAAAUUAAACAAACCCAAAUCCCAUCGAAAAUGUCGGUUGCCAGUGUACAAGCCCCCCAUCUGGCCGAACUGUGUUCGUCGUUAAGUCGUACCAGUUUGAGCCUCUCGUCGUCCCUAUCGGACCUGGUCGGAAGCCCAUCGCUACCCAGUUCAGCCGCGGCAGCGGCCGCCGCCCUGGAAGUCAGUUCCGAGGCCGUCCUCACCAUCGAAGACCUGCGCAUUCAGCUGGGAACAUGCUUUACCUGCGGAGUGCUAUGGGCUGACCAGCAGGUUUCGCUGGAUUGCUCCGAGUGCGGUGGCUACAGUUUGGAACGGCCCUGCAUGAUUUGCGAUGGCAUCUGCGGACAGAGCUGGAAGCGCGAUUUCACCAUGAGUCACGCUUGCGGUAAGGCCCGUUGGCAAGGCACCUGCACCAAGUACACCCCGGCGCAGAUGAUCCAACUGCAGUCCGCACCCCUGAGCAGUUGCGCCAGCUUCAGCAGUCACCACCAGCUUAUGCAGACGCCCGCAGCAGCAGCAGCGCCCAGUGGUUGCCAGCAAUUCCUGCAGCAGGAGCUGUGUGCCCGUUUGGAAAAACUGUCCGCGACAGCACACAAUUGAAAUCCAAACCACCCCGGCCUGGUGUGGAAUGUCCUCUAAGUGUGGAAAAUUAGCGUUAAAGAUUUGAUUGUCCCCUUUUUUGAGUGUACACAUUGAACGAUUUCCAACAAGCUACAGGUAUAUGUAUAAUAGAACCAACCAGCAAGGCAUCCAUUAAGUUUCGGCUCCACGAGAUACAGACUUAUAUGUUUUGGUUCUAGCAGCUCUAUAAGUUCCUAUCCAGUUACGAUCGAAAUGAGAAACGGUCGGAAACGGAAGUUGAAAUAUUUAAAAUUAACAGAUGUCCAAAAACUAAACAGAAACUGUUUUUAUGUUGCAUUUGUAGACUGUAUAAUAAUCAACGAGCGAAAAUUCUUUGUCGUUGUAGUCAAAUAGGAUGGGAUCUGCACAUAAAAUAACCAAUUGCAAUUAUAAACAGCAUAGUAGAUCUGAAAAAUUACAACUUUUCGACGAGAACAAGUUUCAGCGUACGCAUCUGUAUAUUUAAUACACUUGUGACGAAGAAGCUAAAUCUAUAUUUAUUAUCUUAACAAAACAAAACCAUAAAAAAAAAACACGGAAAUAGUUGAUUCGAUAUGGAACGUUAUUUCCUAGUAGUAGAGCUUCUAUUCGACUAUUAUUGUAUGUUUUUCUGUGAAAAACAUUUACUGUGUAGCUGUUAAUGGUAAAAUAAUAUAGAAUGACUAAAAUAUCGAUUGAUAGAGAGGACAGAUUUUGGAAAUAGGAUAUAAGGCAUUUUUUUGCAUUAUGUUAAGUCAUUGUGGUCUUUAGUCUUUUUUCUGUACUAUAAAUGAGUAUGUAAAACUUGCAUUAUUUAAUAAUAAAAUCCUUAAAAUCAAAA